AUGAAAUUUCCGCAGUGUGCUGUUGAUACGCGCUGCAUCAUCGAACCCAUCCGUGAGUACUGCCGCCGCUCCAACGCCAAGCACGCCAUCUUCUACGAGGCCGAGUGUUUGCAUAUCGACGAAAAGAACAACAAGAUCAAGUGCAAGCGUACACCUCAGGGAGUGUACUCGGAGAAGGGCCCAUGGAAUGAGUUUGAGUUGGAUUACGAUUACCUCGUCGUGGCCACGGGUACACAGUCCGCCACAUUCGGCAUUCCGGGUGUGAAGGAGAAUGCACUGUUCAUGAAGGUGGCCACCGACGGUCGCAAACUGCGCGGUCGUAUCAUCGACUCGCUCGAAUCCGCAAACAUCCCUGGUGCCACUGAUUUGCAAAGCUUGUUGCACUUUGUAGUGGUAGGCGGCGGACCCACCGGUGUAGAGUGUGCUGCAGAGCUCCACGACUUUGUGGCCAACGAGGUGAAGGAGUUCUUCCCCGAUCUCGCGGACAAGGUAUCCAUCACGCUUAUCGAGGCCCUGCCCCACGUGCUGUCUAUGUUCUCAAAGAGUUUGGUUGAGUAUGCCGAGCAGAAGUUCCACCGUGACAGCAUCGAUGUGCUGACACGCACACUGGUGACCAAGGUGGAUGAGACCCAUGUGUACGUGAAGAAUCUCGAGUCCGGCGAGACUUCCAAAAUGCCCUACGGAACUCUGUUGUGGGCUUCUGGAAUUGCGACACGCCCCGUUAUUGCCGAGCUGAUCAAGAACCUGGGCGAAGAGGCAGGACAAAAAUCACCACGUGCACUGUCGGUGGACGGGCACAUGAAAGUUCUGGGUACUAGAAAUAUCUUUGCCCUGGGUGAUUGCGCGUUUAUGAACUUACCUCCCACGGCCCAGGUUGCUGCUCAACAGGUAGCGUGUUGUGGAUUUACGGGUAAAUACCUAGGUAGACUGAUCCGCAAAGGACGUAACGCGAUGAUUGGUGACACCAAGAACGGAACCCAUGAGUUCGACAGCUAUGUGGAGAACGCUGAGGAGUUCAACUACAACCACAUGGGCGCAUUCGCCUAUUUGGGAGACAAUGCCGCCAUUGCUGACUUUUCUACGAAAGCGGACGCCGCCGGUGGCAUCCUCGGCACCAGUGCUGGCACAACUACGUACUUCCUAUGGCGUUCCGUGUACUUUUCGAAGCUUUUAUCGUUCCGAAACCGAGUUCUACUGGGUGUAAACUGGGUUUUCACAGAAAUUUUCGGACGUGAUACCAGCAGAAGAUAA